GCUGGAGAAUCCAAGAUAAAAAAAGUGAGGAGCUGUAUGAACACAGCAGGACAAGCAACAUCUUUGGGAGGACUUGCCCCAAAUGUAGUGAGGACCCAGGCAGAGUGGGUGAUCGGAUAUGGGAGGGCCCAGGCAUGGAGCAUGAUAGGAUAUGGGAGGACCCAGGCAGGGUGCAUGAUAGGAUAUGGGAGGACUUGCCCAAAAUGUAGUGAGGAGUAAGGAAGGGUGCAUGAUAGGAUAUGGGAGGACCCAGGCAGGGUGCAUGAUAGGAUGUGGGAGGACCAACAUCAGCAAUGCCUUGUGGGAUAUUGGCAGGAUCAGGAGCAUGUGUAGUUCCUUUUCUGAUCCUGGUUCCUCAUGAUGGCCAAGCCCAAGCUUGUGGUGUUUGACCUGGAUUACACACUCUGGCCAUUCUGGGUAGACACACACGUAGACCCACCGUUCAGGAAAGACAGGAGCGGCCGGAUCGUGGAUAGCUCUGGACGGAAAAUCGAGCUGUACCCGGAGGUGGCCGAGGUGCUGCAGGCCCUGCAGAGAGAUGGCAUCCGGAUCGCGGCCGCAUCCCGCACCGGCGAAGUCGCAGGAGCCAAUCAGCUGCUGACUCUCUUCCAGCUCGAUGCCUACUUCAGCCAAAAGGAAAUAUACCCUGGCUCCAAAGUUACUCACUUUGAAAGACAACGCAUUCCCCCGUUCAAUUUUAUCCCACGCGUCUGA